AUGGAGAUUGAGGAUGGUGGCAAGAAAGGGUUGAGGCUGCGAGAGCGCUUCGACAAGUACCUUCGCAUACCCAUGCGAGAUACUGUCGAAGCAACCGGCGUGCAGAGGUCGAUCGAAGAGGCUUGCAGGUAUAUUGAUGACGCGCGGCUUCACAGCACGCCUAUCUACGUUCACUGCAAGGCAGGCAAAUCACGUUCCGUCUUGGCUGCCAUGGCCUACCUCAUUCACGCUAACCACUGGACGCUG